AUGGAUUUGGUCGAGCAGCUUCUGAGACAGUGGUCGUUCGACACGGAAUCUCUGCACAACCAAGUGAACACCGAAAACCUCAUGAGCGGAGACCUACGCGCAACGAUUGAUCUCUUCGUCUCUCUAGUACGGCAGCUUCCCCAAGGCAUAGCGUUGUUCUUCGUCAUCGAUGGCGCAGUGGUGUACGAGGGAGAGGAGUUCCAGGAUGCGGUCCCAGUAAUCCUUAGCCUGAUCCGACUGAGCAACGACACUGGUAUGAGAGCUUCAAUCAAGCUGUUGAUCACGAGCGCGCCGGCGACUUACUAUAUACGGGAGUCAUUUGAAAAAGAGGGUCUGAUCUUGAAUGUAGACAGCUCGUCAGUCUCAGCAGUAGCGAGUGAGGAACGUAUGGUCAGGGAGCUACUGGUUCUCUUGAAUUUGCGCGCACCGGACGACUUAUGA